GCUCCCUCCAUUGGCUGAGGCGGUCACGUCAUCGCCGCGCGCCGGAGAGCAGCGCCUUCCCGCUCCCUAAUCCUGACGCCAGAGCGGCGCCGGCCUUCGAGGCUGAGGAGAGCGGGCGGAGGUGGCGGCGGCGGGAAGAUGCUGCACUUUGGCGUAAAUUGCAAUCGAUUAGGGAUCGUUUCUCAGACUCGAGUUAGAAGUGAGAGUUCAGAUAAGUGAGGCCACCAUUGCUGCUUUGAACACCUCAGAAGGGGAGAAUGGAUUUAUCAGGAGUGAAAAAGAAGAGCUUGCUAGGAGUCAAAGAAAAUAAUAAAAAGUCCAGCACUAGGGCUCCUUCUCCUACCAAACGCAAAGACCGUUCUGAUGAGAAGUCCAAGGAUCGUUCUAAAGAUAAAGGGGCCACCAAGGAGUCAAGUGAGAAGGAUCGUGGCAGGGAUAAAACUCGGAAGAGGCGCAGCGCUUCCAGUGGUAGCAGCAGCACCAGGUCCCGGUCCAGCUCUACCUCCAGCUCAGGCUCCAGCACCAGCACAGGCUCCAGCAGUGGCUCCAGCUCUUCCUCAGCCUCUAGCCGCUCAGGAAGUUCCAGCACAUCUCGCAGUUCCAGCUCCAGCAGCUCCUCUGGCUCACCCAGUCCUUCUAGGCGUAGGCAUGACAACAGGAGGCGUUCCCGCUCCAAAUCCAAACCACCCAAAAGAGAUGAAAAGGAAAGGAAAAGGCGGAGUCCUUCCCCUAAACCCACCAAAGUACACAUCGGGAGGCUCACCAGGAAUGUGACCAAGGACCACAUCAUGGAGAUAUUCUCCACCUAUGGGAAGAUUAAAAUGAUUGACAUGCCUGUAGAAAGGAUGCACCCCCAUCUGUCUAAAGGCUAUGCAUACGUGGAGUUUGAGAAUCCAGAUGAAGCCGAGAAGGCACUGAAGCACAUGGAUGGAGGACAAAUUGAUGGCCAGGAGAUCACUGCCACCGCUGUGCUGGCCCCCUGGCCUAGGCCGCCCCCCAGGCGAUUCAGCCCUCCCAGGAGAAUGCUGCCACCACCUCCCAUGUGGCGCCGGUCACCCCCACGGAUGAGAAGAAGGUCGCGCUCCCCAAGGCGCAGGUCCCCCGUGCGCCGGCGAUCUCGCUCCCCUGGCCGCCGCCGCCACAGGAGCCGCUCCAGCUCCAACUCCUCCCGAUAAGGAGAGCCCUGGAGCUCUGCGCCCUGUAACUUCCACCCCAUUCGCUACAGUUUUGUCACUUCUCUAGCCAGAGGGAGGGUUGGUAGGGAAAAAAUUCCUCACUCAGGGCAGGCUUCGAAGGCAGCAACUGAGAUGUUUCCUCUGAGGGCAAGGUUCCAGAGGAGUGUUCGUGGUUUGGGGCUGUGCUGUAAGAAAGCCCUCCCAAUUUCCUGGCUAGAAAGCUCCCACAUUUCCAGUUCUUAAGAGAGUACAUCCAGCCCAUCCAUUGGCAAAGCCAGCGGGGACCAAGCAGGGCUCCAGGUGGCAGUGUGGCCCCAGCCCAGGAGUCAUUUCCACAGAUGACUGGGGCCAGUUAGGCCCUUGCCUGUUGGUCUGCAGGGUCCCUGAGGAAAGGGUGCACGUCCGUGCCGCUGCUGUUCCUGCUCACCUGGCCCUGCUGCCCUGCUUGGGUCCUCUUCCAACACCUCUGCGCAAACAGCCCAAGAAUUAUCAUUAGUUACCAAGAAUUACCCAGAAUGGUUCUGUUUCUACGUGUACUCAUGCACGCACAUCCACACCCCACGUCUCCCUCUGAAAUUGGUGAGAAAAUUGAGAGCCGGCUCUGCAGGGUCUUCACAGGCCCCUGCUGCAGUGUCAUGGCAGUCUUGCAGGUUACCUUGGCAACGUGUACAUUACUUUUUUUUUUGGCAUUGUACAGUCAGUACUAUAAAUUUGUUGUUUUGAGUUUUGUAACUUGUAGCAUUUUAGGUGCCGUUGUGUUUGUACUUUGUUGUGUAGAGUGAAGGGACUGUUGAAUAAACAGGAUUAGAAUGCAGAUCGAG